AACAAACCAUCCACAAAAAUGAAGCAUUUAAGCUCGUAUUUUACUUUCGCUACUGCCAUUACUCUUUUAUUUUCAUUUGAACCUCCUUCACUUGAUACUCCUGAAAAGUUUGUUCAAUGUCUUUACAACAAUCACCAUAUCUCCAACUCAAUCUCCAAUGCUGUCUACACACAGACCAACUCUUCAUACUCCUCUGUCCUAGAUGCUCCCAUUCACAAUCUCAGGCUCUUAAACAUAAGCUCAAAACCCCAAGUCAUUGUCACACCACUCGACGUUUCUCACAUUCAAGCAACCAUAAUGUGCUCCCAACGUCAUGGCCUGCAGAUUCGAACCCGAAGUGGAGGCCAUGAUUACGAGGGUCUCUCCUACAUUGCUGAGGUUCCAUUUGUCGUCCUUGACCUCAUAAACCUUCGACAAAUCAAAGUUGACGUAGAAAACCGAACUACAUGGGUUCAAGCUGGAGAAAAUCUUGGUGAACUUUACUACACGAUUAGCCAGAAAACCAAAACACUAGGGUUCCCAGCGGGUGUGUGUGCCACUGUAGGCACUGGUGGCCACUUCAGUGGAGGUGGUUAUGGAUUCUUGAUGCGUAAGUACGGUCUUGCCGCAGAUAAUAUCAUAGAUGCUCACAUCAUUGACGUGAAUGGUAAUCUUCUUGACAGAAAAGCCAUGGGUGAGGAUCUGUUUUGGGCCAUUAGAGGAGGUGGUGGAGCAAGCUUUGGAGUCAUCGUGGCUUGGAAGAUAAAACUAGUUCCAAUUCCAUCAACCGUGACAGUGUUCAAUGUUGAAAGGAUAUUGGAAGAAAAUGCAACCGAGAUCAUUGAAAAGUGGCAACUUGUAGCUAAUAAAUUGGACGAGCGCAUAUUUCUUAGGAUGGACUUGGCAAGGGCAAAUUCAAGUCAACAUGGAAAGCUAGCACUGCAAGCGAAUUUUGUGGCCAUGUUUCAAGGAGGUGUAGAAGAACUUAUUCCAUUGAUGCAAACGAACUUCCCAGACUUAGGUUUGGAAAGAAAAGACUGUACUGAGACGAAUUGGAUUGGCUCAGCUGUCUUCAUGAAUGGAGUGUUGAUUGGAUCUACAGGCCAUGAAGCCCCUGAAGUUUUGCUGAACAGAACUCGACAUCUUUCAGGGAAUUACAAAGCAAAAUCUGAUUAUGUGAGGAAACCCAUUCCUGUUGAUGGAUUACGAGGGUUAUGGUGCUGGCUUAACGACGAUAAGGUUCAAUAUUCUCAGCUUCAAUUCGCUCCUUAUGGGGCCAAAAUGGACAAUAUUUCCGAAUCUGAAAUUCCAUUCGCACACAGAUCUGGAUACAUAUUUCAUAUUCACUAUGUGGUCGUUUGGCAAGAGGAAGGGGACGAAGCUGCAGAAAGGCACAUGAAUUGGAUAAGAAGAUUGUAUAAAUAUAUGGAACCUUAUGUUUCAAACUCUCCCAGAGCUGCAUAUGUGAAUUACAGAGACCUUGACAUUGGGGUGAAUAACAAUGGCUACACAAGCUACGACCAAGCCAGCAUUUGGGGUGUGAAGUAUUUUGGUAACAAUUUCAGGAGAUUGGCUAUAGUGAAGACCAGGGUUGAUCCUGACAACUUUUUCAGAAACGAACAAAGCAUUCCUACGCUUUCGGCGGACGAAGGAAAUUAAAUUAACUCGAAACUAUCUUGUAUAUAAUUGAAAUAAAAUAAAUGUCCUAUAUUUAUGUUUUCGGAGUAAUCGAAAUAUUCAAAACUUAAACUUAGAUAAGGUAAUGUUCUCUGAUUACAAUAGGUUCAGAAUGAAAUUCUAUCUGUAUAUGGUGUUGUGUUGCUUAAAUCUUGUUUGGUUUUUACAUGGUGAGAACCUACUAGGAUAGGAAGAAUAGUUAUAUUGACAUGAGUUGUUUUUUUUUUUUCUGGUAUUGGAAUAUAUACUAGUGUGAGGUGUUGUGCUUA